CCUUUAUAACCAACCAGUGGUUCAGAGAAAGCUCUCCCCGUGGUCAAGUCGUAUCGCCUUUCCCUUCCUCCGCUCGCCUCCGACCCUCGGCCCCCGUCGCCGUUCGCGCCACCAACCAAGUUCACACAUCCAGACCGACAAGUUAAACCGUUGAUCUGUUUGGGGACUAAUCAAACUCAACAGCCAAGUUUCAUGUCUGAUCUUGACGACCAGCUUCCAUCUGCUUUUGAUCCGUUUGCGGAGGCAAAUGCUGAGGACUCCAGCUCUGGUGCUGGAUCAAAGGAUUAUGUGCAUGUGCGUGUACAGCAGCGCAACGGAAGAAAGAGUCUGACAACUGUUCAGGGCUUGAAGAAAGAGUACAGCUAUAACAAGAUCCUCAAGGAUCUCAAAAAGGAGUUCUGCUGCAAUGGCACUGUAGUCCAGGAUCCAGAACUAGGCCAGGUCAUUCAGCUGCAAGGUGAUCAGCGUAAAAAUGUUGCUACUUUCCUAGUCCAGGCCGGAAUUGUGAAGAAAGAGAGCAUCAAGAUUCACGGAUUUUAGGAGGCAGCAUAUAAAGCCUUGUGUGCAAUCAUAUGAUACCAAGUAUUGAAGUUUCUGAAGCUUGGAAGUCGUCGUAAUAAUAUCAGUAAUCGUCAUAUUUGCAUGGACACUUGAGUUAGUAUUUGAGUGAGAAGUCUGUUAUUGAUGCAAGUUGUUCUUUCAGUAUGGUUUGUAAGCGCUACCAGCAUCAAAGUAUCGUUUGUUUGGGAUACCGUUUACUACUAAAUAACAAGAGUAAUUGCUGUUUGAAUC